AUGAAUAGCAACCACUAUCCGAAACCCCCCUCAACGCCUUCGGGCUCUGGACGCUUGAUCCUGCCGUAUUUUCCGCAGGCUAUCGCGCAGGGCUACAGCAGCGGCGAGGGAGUGGAUGAAGGAGGUGGAGGAGGAAGAGAAGAAGAAGCAAAGGAUGAACAAGAAGAAGAGAUAACCUCGGUGGGUUCGUUGGCGUACUGGGACGAGGGCGACAAUCUUCAGAUUGAUGGUGACGAUGGUGCUUUGGCCUAUAGCUUGGCCAACUUCGAACCCAGCCCUAAUGCCGCUGUUACUGCCGCCCCUGUAUCUGACUUCGGCCCCUACAUGUCGAGUAUCUCCUACGUCCCAACUUUCACCUUUGGCCUGGCUCACGCACCUGGCCCAGGCCCGAUCUUUGGUCCGGUUGCCGCCCUCAACCCGGCUUCCGCCUUCAACCUGACUGCGAACUCUAUCCCAGCUUUACCCUCCGCACCGGCUUUCACCUUUGCUCGAGCUCCAGCGUUUAUCACACCUUCUCCCUCUGCCCCUACCCAGGCACUUGUUGCAGCUACAGCUCUCCCUUGGGUGCCGGCCCCGGCCGUCACUGCUCAGCCUCCGGUUGGUCCUCUGGGUUUCUGGACCAUGAGAAACAUCCUCGUCGGCCCCAGCUGGCAAGGCCCGCAGGGACAGCUCCCUCAGUGGCACCACGAUAACCUACGAGCGCAGAGAUCCGUUGGUGAUUGGCCCAAAGACAGAGACGGAAUCCGGUACUGUGCCAAGUGCAACACGUGGCUCUUCCAUCCGGCCUUCUUCGAGCGGGAUGACCGCUCACGGGGCCGUGACACGCGGACCUGUAACCGGUGCGCGUGGCGCCUCUGGCAAGGCCAGAACCGCCAUAGCCCGAGAGACGAAUGGCUGCGGGCAGUGCAGCCUGUCAUGAUGCAGCUCAAGAGCGGCGAGCCGGGUUAUGGCCAUUGA